AAAAACAUCGCUAUGUUGCCGUACCAGGCAGCCGUGGCCAUGGACUACGCCGGAUACCAGAGGCAGCCCACGCCGGGUCACCCCGGAAGCCACAUGGCCACCAUGGGAUCCCUGGGCAUGCCGGCGGUGCCCUUCACCCACAGCUGGAUGGUGCCCACGCAGGACCUGUGCGCCAUGCCGCCGUACAACAAAAUGCCCGGACACCAGCAGCCACCAGGACCCGGAAUGCACGCCCAGCAACAGCCCCUCGAGCCCGGAAUCCUGGAACUGCGCAAGGAGAAGUCGAGGGACGCGGCGAGAUCGCGUCGCGGGAAGGAGAACUACGAGUUCUACGAGCUGGCCAAGAUGCUCCCACUGCCGGCAGCCAUCACCAGUCAGCUGGACAAGGCCUCCAUCAUAAGACUGACCAUCAGCUACCUGAAGCUGAGGGACUUCUCCGGACACGGCGACCCGCCAUGGACAAGGGAGGCCUCCAGCAGCAGUAAGCUCAAAAGUGCCGCCAUUCGUCGCAGUCCCGCUGUUGAUUUGUUCGAACAACAUCAGGGCACCCACAUAUUACAGUCCCUUGAUGGAUUCGCCUUGGCUGUGGCGGCAGACGGACGCUUCCUGUACAUUUCCGAGACGGUGUCCAUCUACUUGGGCCUGUCGCAAGUGGAGAUGACGGGCAGCAGCAUCUUCGACUACAUCCACCAGGCGGACCACUCGGAGAUCGCCGAGCAGCUGGGCCUGAGCCUCACGAGCGGCGGCGGCGGCGGCGGAGGAGGCGGCAGCUCGAGCAGCGGCGGUGGAGGCGGCGGAGCGGGAGUGGGCAUGGCCUCACCCACUUCCGGAGCCUCCGACGAUGGCAGCGGAACACACGGUACGAACAAUCCCGACGUUGCUGCCUCCAUGACCCAAGCCUCAACGAGUGGCUAUAAGGGCUACGAUCGGAGCUUCUGCAUCCGAAUGAAGUCCACACUGACCAAACGCGGCUGUCAUUUCAAGUCCUCCGGCUAUCGGGCCAGCGAUGCAACGAGCAAUUGCAACAACGGUAACAAUGCUAGUAACAAUGCUAAAAACGUUAAGAAUCCGGGCUCAAACUAUUCGGUGGUUCUGCUACUGUGCAAGCUGCGUCCCCAGUACACAUUCUCCCACAGCCGAAAAUCGCAGCCGCCACUGCUCGGAAUGGUGGCUUUGGCCAUCGCGUUGCCUCCGCCUUCGGUUCACGAGAUCCGGCUGGAGUGCGACAUGUUCGUCACCCGGGUGAACUUUGACCUGCGAGUGGCCCACUGCGAGCCAAGGGUAUCCGAUCUACUUGAUUAUACGCCCGAGGAUCUGGUAAACAAGAGCUUGUACUCACUGUGUCACGCCGAGGAUGCCAAUCGCCUGCGGAAGAGCCAUUCGGAUUUGAUCGAAAAGGGUCAGGUGCUGACUGGCUACUACCGCCUGAUGAACAAAAGUGGGGGAUACACCUGGCUCCAAACCUGCGCCACCGUGGUCUGCAGCACCAAGAACGCGGAUGAGCAGAACAUCAUCUGCGUAAACUAUGUGAUCAGCAAUCGGGAGAACGAGAACAUGAUCCUGGACUGCUGCCAACUGGAACCCAGUCCGGACAGCAUAAAGCACGAGGAGGGUCUUGGCAACGACAAGAGCAGCGGAUCCCCAGGAGGAGAUGCCAGUGGCGAGGGCAACUCGCACCUGAGUGCCGGAGACAUGAAGCUUAACUCACCGAAAACCGACUCCGAAGGUCAUUCGCAUCGCGGCAGGGGACGCGGGGCAGCCGCCUCGCACGGCAGCAGCCUGAACAGCCUCGCCAUGAUCAAGGAUAGUCCGACUCCCCUCGGGGUGGAGAUCGAGGCGGGGGUACUGCCCACCACCGUGGCCACGCCAGUGCCAGCAGCCACCCCCAAUGGAGCAGCGAGCAGCGGAGCCCAGUCCACCAAGCGGAAACGAAAGACCAAGGCGUCGCAGCAGGCGGAGGACCAGAGUCAGGAGCAGGUCAUCCCCGAGCAGCCGCUGCCCAAGCUCCCGGCCAUGGAGCAGCGGGAUCACCAGCCUCGCAGUCGUCUGCCCUCGAUUGUGGAUGACCAGCAACCCUCUUCGGCGGCGGACUCGGCGGUCAAGGAUCUGGAGCAGGCCAUGUCCAAGCAUCUGCCCUCGCCGGUGGCGGUGGUAUCGGUGGCCCCGCCCAACACGGACUUCAGUGCCGACUCCCUGCUCAAGCAGCAGCAGCAACAGCAGCAGCAGCAGCUGGAUCCCAACGAGAAGAGCAGCACCAUCCAGUGGAUCGGCACACCCUACCAGCAGCCACCGGCGCCCAUGCCCGCCACCGCGCUCCUCCGGCAGCUGUACGCCAACCGGGAGAGCGUGAUCCGGGCCACGGCCAGGCAAACGCCCACCGGAGUGGGACCCGGAGUCUUCUACGGCGACCAGCAGACGGGUCCGCUGCCCACGCCGCCGGGCAGCGAGUCGUCCUACGAGAACCAAUACCUGCAGCUGCACUCCGCCGCCUCCGGCGUGCAUCCCGGUGGCCAGAAGACAUCCGCCGAUGCCUUCACCAACCUGGUGUCCACCUACGGCGGCUACCACAGCUCCAUCGACUACCACAACGCCAUGACCCCGCCCAGCUCAGUGUCGCCCAGGGACUCAAAUCAGCCGGGCAAGGCUGCUCCCGUACUGACCUCCAACGGGGGCUACGACUACGCACCCGAUCCGCUCCGGGGACAGUAUGCCACUGCCUCCGGCGAGGGAGUGCCCACCACGCUGCCCCUCAAGCCGCAGGCAUCCUACACGGCCACGAUGCACCCGUCGGGCAGCACCACCACAGAGGGCGGAGUGACCUACAGUAAUCUCGACCAGCCGCAGUACUUCGCUCCGCAUUCGAGCUUCCAUCUCUAUCACAAGGGCAGCCCGGCCAGCGGCUGGUACUCCACGCCCUCCUAGGUGAUAGACGACCAGGGUCAGGUCCCGCAGUCCUGCCAGGACCAGUACCACCAGCACCACCAGCACCAACACCAUGAGGAGGGAUCCGGCAAUGGGAACCAGGCGGGGGAGCGAUGGGACUUUGUGGGGGCGCUGGGCAAGGUGGCCAGGAUGUUCUUCAGCGCCAGGAAGGGAAAUCCGGGAUAGAGGGGAUAUGCCGGCUUAAGGGACUGGAGAAGGUUGAGAGAACAGCAGGGAGAUUGAGAUGGAAGAUCGGAUAUCCAAACACCCGAUAUUCAAUUCAUUUUAAAUUUAAAGCCCAUUUCUGAUUUUUCAAAUCAAAAGAUUUGAUAAUUCCAAGAAUUUUCUAGAUAAAUACAUUUCUCAAGACUUUCUCCCGCUCUUUCCCUCCAGUUCGCAAGCAUUCCCCGCUAGCAAUCCUUAGGAGUUAUAUUAGGGUUAGAGCCAAACUUAAAGCGUUAAAAAAACAUUCAAUGUUGUUAAAUAAUUCUUAAGUCUGUAAAUUAUGAAACACACUCCCACACUCGGACACACUGAGACCCAAUGAAAUUAUAGGCAAAAAUACUCAAGACGCAAUUGAUUUAAACAUAUUCUAACACUUAGUAAGGUUAAUCUUAAUUAAAAUUAAUGAUAUAGUAAGACUUGCAUAGAGUGCCAAGGAAAAGGAAACCGAACAAAACGCGCUAUAAAUAAAAAGAGAGCGAAUCAAAAAGGAAACACGGCUUGAACUAAACCCUCUCCCAACCAAUUGUUAUUAAUUAUUUAAAUCAAUUGUAAUUUUACCAACACAUAAACACGCAUAUAUAAGAUAAACUCAAUAUGAUAUGUAUACAUUAAUAUAUAUAUAUAUAUAUUUAAACAUUUUUACAACAUAUCAAAUGCUUCCUCCUGUAGAUUAAGGAUUACCUUUAAACAAGACUCGCUCUAGAAUAUUAAUUUCGACUCGAACACAAACAGUCGACUCGAUUAUUACCUCUAAGAGUUCCGCUAACGUUCGUCUACUUCCCUUUCCUCCCUAUUGUAUAUUUAAUAAAACCAUCUAAUAGCUAAAAAAUAAAAAAAAAAUAUGCAAGAGCAAGAAAAACAAAAAGUGUAAUUAAAUUUUGUAUAAAAGCAAAGAAAGUUUCUCCCAUUAAAGGCUUAAAAUAUUGAGUAUGACAAUUAAAACUA